GAUAUUACAUAUUAAUAUAUUUCCCCUUUAAAAUGGCCCAAGUCCAUAAUGUGAGUUACUCUACGUGUAGAAGCAAAGAAAUAUUCUUUCAAGUGGAGCUGCAGUUUUGCUGAAUAAUCACGUGUGAAUUUAGGGGCGGGCUCUUGGCAAGCAGUUUUUUACGAGUAUUUACUACAAGGUCUACUCCAGAAGAUUAACCAUCCCAGUCCUUCUGUCAGUCUCCGAUGUCAUGCCUGGUUAAAAAAAAACCCAAACUCACCUUUUUUUCGAUCGUCAGUCACCCUAAAGAAUGGCCGAGCCUUUGGGGAACGAGUUGGCGUCCGCAGCUGCAAGGGGGGACCUAGUGCAACUUACUAAUUUGUUGCAAACGAAUGUAAACGUCAAUGCCCAAAAUGGAUUUGGGAGGACUGCGCUGCAGGUCAUGAAACUUGGGAAUCCUGAAAUUGCCAGGCAGUUGCUAAUUACAGGUGCUAAUCCUGAUCUGAAAGACAGUACAGGGUUCGCUGUAAUUCAUGAUGCAGCCAGAGCGGGUUUCCUGGACACGCUGCAGACUUUACUGGAGUUUAACGCUGAUGUUAACAUUGAGGAUAAUGAGGGAAACCUGCCAUUGCACUUGGCAGCUAAAGAAGGCCACCUCCCAGUAGUGGAAUUCCUUAUUAAGCGCACAGAAAGCAAGGUGGGACAUCAGAACAAGAAGGGAGAGACUGCCUACGACUUGGCUAAACUGUACAAGAGGAACGAUGUAGUUAAACUAAUGGAAGGCAGCACUUUAAGUGCAGAAGCUACAGACAUGAAUUAAAUCAAACACGGACAACUUCUUAUUUGGACAUUAAAGCUUAUAGUCCUUGUUUUUAAUAACAUUUAUUACAACUUUCUUCUUCUUCUUUUUUUAAAUAAGUAGUGCAAGUCUGGUGAAACUGCAAAGGUGUAGAUUUUGUGCAAAUGAAUAUAUUUAAAAAUCACACCAAUAGCAUUUUCCUGCACCUGCCAUCCGCACAAUGCUAGAAGAGACACAAAUGGACAGAUGUUGAUCGCUUUUGCUUAGUUCCUGCAGUGUAUAAUUUUACACUUUCUUCGUUUGUUUUAGGUCACUAAUACUAAAAAAGAUAGAUGCUAAAAUGCUUUAUGUUUCUGACAUUUACGUUUUUAAAAUGUUUUACUGUGAUAUUUUUUCUUAAGAUCAUGCCUAGCAAUUUGAAGCAUUGCUUCUGACAAAACAGGAUAUUAAAGGGUGUAGCCCGUGGUUCAGGCAAAGCUUGGAUUUAAAGGACGUUUGGCCUGUAAAGACAGCAGGACGGGGCCCUACAAGUGUUAGGAAAUAGCUGCAUUUGGACACUAAUAAGAGCUUGUAGAACUAGGUAAUUUGCUUCCUAAAUUGAGAUUAUACUUUUGUUUUUCACUGUAUUUAAUCUUUCACAAAUCUGCUUCUGAAAUUGAUGAACAGAAACAAUGUAAGUGGCUUUUUUGUUUGCCAGAGGUUAAAACAGCUAAGCUUGGUUGUUCGUGUUUUCUGUGCACUGAACAAUGCACUUUCCUAGUUUCAAAACAAGCAGCAGACAACCGUUGUCAGAGGAAAGGGUAUAAUAAGGCUGUGAUACCAACAGAGAGAGCCUAGUUUUCUGGUCAUUCCACAAUCGAAGAGAAGGUAGACGCUAUUUAAGAAAUAUUUGCUUUCCACCAACUUUUUAUUUUAAUUAACCAUUUUACUAUAGCUGCAUCUCACAAAACGUGGAUAUUUGAAUACAAUGGAAUUUAGAGGGUAUCACGUUUGCUUUUAAUAACAUUAUAUUAUCGCUUGCACGUGAAACGCAAUACAAGCCUGAAUAUUCGAAUUGGCAAUACGGUUGGUAGUAUUUCGGGGACCCACAGUCACUUACCAUUUGAUGCUGCGCGGUGCUGAGCGCAUUCUGUUUCCAUGAAUGCAAUGGGCGCUGACGAUGCUCAGCACCUUGUGGGACUGAAUUUAUUGUCAACAUUUGAUACCAUGUUCUAGGUGUUAGUUGUUUGGCAGAUCAGCAGUUUGAAGUGCUUUAUUUGUAAUAUUCUAAACAUUUUGACUGCAUUAAAGAGAUGGAAUCAAAUCAUUGUAAAAUGAACACAUUUACAAAUAUCAACAAAAUAGCAUCGAAAGGGGGAAUAUACUUUAGUUACGAUUAUUUUAACUUUUCAGCAAAGGUUUUACCCCCAAAAUCAAUAACCAUUGUUUGGAAAAAAAAAAUUUUCAGAAACUGUUUAUCACAUGUUUAGUAUACACUCGCCGUCACAUUGCUGUGUUCUUGAUUAAAAACCUCUCUGACAGACGGAGCUGUGUGCAUUUAUUUUCAAUGUUAUAAUUUUGUUCAUAAAUAAUCUGUAAAUCAAUCCCCUAAAUAGGAUGGAGCAUGUGGUGCACGUUAUAUGAAAGAAUCUACACGAUAAAUUACACGAAGAUUAGUAAAAGAAACAUAUUUUGAGUUAUUAAAACCUUGGAGUGCAAUUCACAAUCCGAUAGGGUUACAUGGCCACAAACAAACCCCUGCUGGUCCUCACAAAAUGGCCUUGUCACUUUGCCACUCAGCCUAAAACAUUGCGUGAUGUCCUCAUUCUUUUCCCAUCUUUACAACUAGUCAUUCACAUUAUUCAUCGUUACACUAUACAGCUGAGUCUCCACUAUGUUUUCUCACUUUCUCCCCCCACACCCACAGGGAAACAUUCUCUACAUCUGAAGGCAAAGUUCAUCUGUGGAGCUGUCUUGCUUCUAUGUCAUCUGCUAUAUCUCCCUCCGGAGCUCUACAGGCAUCCAGUUUUAAUUUAAACCGAUCCGGUCUAAUUAGUUCCUUACUAAAAACAGUCUCGGCUCCAAAUUUAAUGUCCCUGGGUUCAAAAAUAGUGGUAUUCAUUGCAAGGAAUAUGGCUGAGUUACAACGGACUUCAGACCCCUUUUUAUAGAUGGAGGGUGUUUUCUAAUGAGACAAGCUCUAGCUAGCAAUGUGUAUAAAUAAAAUACAAAAGCACUCCCCUGAUUUAACGUUCAUUUUGUUUACAUUUCAAUUGUAAACAGUUCUUUAUUUCUCAGAAACAAGAUUGAAAAUUAAACUUCUCAUUCUGAUACUUCUAAAAUACUAUUGUUUUCAUUUUUUUUUUUACAUCACGAAGUUUACAAUAACUACAAAACGACUACUGGAAGGUAAAGACACAUUUUUGCUACCUUAGUGGCACCCUAUACACUCUAGUUGGAGAUAGCAUCUGACUUGGAGAAAGGGGGUUGUCAGUUUAUCUUGUCUAAAAAACUCUAAAGUUUAUUGAGCAUAGACAAAAAAAAAGGGCUGUACAUUAAUAAGGAUCCUCAUAUUGAAAAAACAUUGCUAAUGUAAUGUGGUUUCAGAAAUGACUUGUGGUUCCCUACCAGUAGUCUACCAACAAAAACUACUGUUAAAAAUUUCCACGUUUGUGAAUGUAUCAGUUUAAUAUUUACUAAGAGAUCCAAAAUAGGGUAGUGUACAAAUUAGAACGAAAUAAUAGUGAGAUAGUUUAUUGGGUCCUGCUGAUAGAAGCAGAGAUUAAUAUAGCAUUUGCGGAAUGGGGAAUAAACAACGUAGCACUGAGAAGAGCACACAAAUAGUAACACAUUCAGCAAGCACAGACUAAAUAUAAUGAAAAGAGCACAAAAUAGAGAACUAUACAGGGAUAAACAAAGAACAGGCAAUGUACAAAUACAAAUUUGGGGGGCUGAGCCUAUCCAAAGGGAUUACACUGCUUUUAGCAAGGUUGCUGGAUUUGGCCUUUGUUUUGCAAUUGACUUCAGGACAAUGACAGUGACUGCUGAAUUCCAUUUGAGCCAGGACACAUUUUAAAGUAUUGUUGUAUGGAACCAAUAUAAUUAAAACUAUUUUAGCAUCUUUGUAAUAGAAUGAAAUAACCAGUUUUAUGUCCUGAGAUUAACAGAGAAUGAACUGUCCAAUACUAAUGCAGAUAAAGAAACCCAUUAUGUGAUUAUGCUGGAAAGGUAUAGAAUCAAUUCUUAGCAUUCGGCAUAUUAAAAUGAAUUCAGCAUCACUAUUAAUAUAGUAAAUGACUGCGUAUUUAACUAAAUGAAUGAAAUUUCUUCCUGUGGUAAUCUGUGCAACUAGA